AUGCACGGCGAAAUGUUUUCAAUUCGCUCUGAUGAGGAGACAAGCUUCGCUUUCUAUCGCUAUAACCCCAGCAUGGGUGGUGCUGUCCUGUUUAUCAUUCUUUUCAUGGGAACCACCUUCUACCACAUAUUCCAGAUGGUCAAAACUCGGACUUGGUUCCUCAUUCCGUUUGUGAUAGGAGGCCUCUUUGAGAUUGUUGGAUAUAUCGGGCGUGCUGCGUCAAGUAAGCAGAGUCCAGAUUGGACACUAGGCCCAUACAUAGUGCAGACGCUAUGUCUCCUUCUCGCUCCGGCCCUCCUGGCAGCAUCAAUUUACAUGCUACUCGGGCGGAUCAUUCUGGUGCUGCAGGCAGAAUCACAUGCGAUUCUGAAAAAGAAGUGGCUUACCAAAAUCUUUGUCACUGGCGAUGUGAUGUCGUUCCUACUACAAGGUGCCGGUGGUGGUAUUCAGAGUAGCGGAAGCCUUGACGGCAUGAAGACUGGCGAGCGCAUUAUCAUCGCCGGCCUUUUUGUCCAAAUCAUAUUUUUUGGCUUCUUCAUCGUCGUCGCUGUUCUCUUCGACUUAAAGUUGCGCAAAUAUCGCAUUCCCCGGUGCUUCUCUGGAGAGGUUCCCUGGCGCAAGCAUCUCAACAUUCUAUAUGCAGCCAGCACUUUGAUCCUCAUCCGCUCUGCCUUUCGACUUGUGGAAUACGUACAGGGUAAUCAGGGUUACCUUUUGCACCAUGAGAUUUACUUGUAUGUGUUUGACUCAUUGCUCAUCCUCAUUGCGAUGAUUAUUUUCAAUGUCGCCCAUCCCUCCGAAAUUACUCGACUCUUGGACGUUAUGCCGGAUUACGAGUUGUCUCAUAACCAGGCAGACCCGAUUGUCAAACCAUACUGA